CUUCUCUUCUGUUCCUCUAUAGAUCGUCUGCAACAGAAUCGACCUGCUGUUUUCCAAUCUUCCGCCCAAUGCAAGUAUUUCCCAGCUAUUGUGGUUGAUAUAUCUGUUCAUCAAGGACCCACGCGAAGUUAGACCGGCUGUCGGAGAGCUCUGAUUGCUCCCCUCAUCGGAUUCCCGGCGCUUUCAACCCUUCGACUAUUCCCAACACCACGAUAAUUGCCGACAAAAUGGCUGCAGAAGGCCAGGAGAUCCCGGAGGAAAUCAAGGAGAAGCAGAUUCCAGCCCAGGAGGAAGGCGGAGAUGACGAGGAAGAGAUUGCAGCCAUGAAGCGUCGAGUCGCCGAGAUGGAGUCCGAGGCUGCCAAGUUGCGUGAGAUGCAAGCUACUCUCGACCAGCAGUCAGAGAACCUCCAGGAAAACAAAGAAGAUAUUGAUGCACGAAGCAUCUUCGUCGGCAAUGUGGACUACGGUGCUUCGCCGGAGGAGAUUCAGGCACAUUUCCAGAGCUGUGGCUCGAUCAACCGGGUGACCAUCUUGCUGGACAAGUUCUCUGGCCAGCCCAAAGGCUACGCCUAUGUCGAGUUUGCAGAGCCCAGUCUCGUUGCCCAGGCUUUAGUUCUGAAUGAGAGCGUCUUCCGCGGUCGCAACUUGAAGGUCGUUCCCAAGCGCACUAACCUACCCGGCAUGCACCGUGGCCGUGGCCGGGGCGGAUUCCGCGGCGGCCGUGGUCGUGGAUUCCCUCGUGGUGGCGGCUACCGGGGUGGUUACAGGGGUCGGGGGCGUGGAUUUGCGCCCUACUAGGCGCGUGGCUGGUGGAGUAGAGAUGUCCAAUACGCAGAAAACGGUCAGGGUGCCUGUUGAAGUCCUGGGUCCGAAUUCAAUCUGAACCUUUCAUUUUCUCUGUGGCUUUGGAGUUGGGAUAUGGAAUGUACAAUAAUUACCAGGCAAUCAACAGAGAUCUAGCAAAAAGACAAAUAGGAUUGACUAUGUUGGGAGUACUGUACUAUAUAUAGUCGGUCGACCUUGGGGUCAUU